AUGGUGCCGGCCAAGGAAAUUGUCCUCGGGUAUGCUGCUGAGGGCAUGUCGGCCUUGGUUGACGUUGCCAUGAAGCAGCCUACCGUGGUGUUGGAAGAAGUCGCCGGAAUCGCCUCCGUCAAGUGCACUGACGCCGUUGUGUCCAUGACCUUUAGCGACACUGCUGCUGUCACAGCUGCCUUUGCCGCGUGGCCUAAGUCUAACUUCAUCAUCAUUACUUACUCUCCCGAUGGCGGCUGCAACACCGCCGACGAGCGUGGUUUCUACACCAUCUCUGGCCUUAAAUUUGACGAGGCUUCUCGCACUGCCACUGCUUCUGGCCUGCGCUCUGCCCUUGACGAGCAAAGUGAGGAUGCCGUUGUUGAAUUUGAUACCACCACGGCUCCUGCCAAACGCGACCUUCAGGCGUCAAUCGGCGGCGAGAUUAACGGCACCCUCAUCGAUACGGAAAAUCUCAAGAUUGUAGUCGAUCAAGCGAAGUUCCAGAGCAAUAUCCGUAUCAAGGGCGGCUUCCGUUUCAACUUCCUGAAGUUCAAGCCCAGUAAGAUGUAUCUUGACGUCGAUUAUUCCGGUCUCGUGAACCUCAACGUAUCUACAUCCGUCACUGCUUCCUACUCUUCCAACAUCUACAACUAUGAGCCGCUCUCUGCGUCUGUCUCAGCUUUUAGCAUUCCCGGAAUUCUCGACGUCGGCCCCAUCGCACAAUUUGGCCUUGGUGUCGAGUUCGCAGCAUCAGGUACUGUCAAUGCAAGCCUCGGUGUCCACAGCGAGAUUAUCAAUGGCCAGGUUCACCUGAAUCUACUUGACACCAACAAGACCUCAACUAGUGGUUGGAAGCCCGAAACCUCCGUCUCCUCCGAUGUCAACGCCGAGGUGUCACUACAGCUCAACCCGUAUCUUGAUUUGAACCUUGCUCUGGGUAUCCGCGUUUUCAAAGGCGUCAUUGACCUGACCACCGGAAUUGACGUCAAGCCUCAGAUUAUCAACGCUUUCUCUGCUGACCUCAGUUUUGCCUAUGCCAGUAGUUCAGGUGUUACCUUCACUAAACCAGACACGGCUACCUGCCCCAACGGCGCUUGGUUCGCAAGCACCUUCAACAUGGAUGUCAAUGCCUAUAUUGGAUUCAUCUAUACCAGAACACUGUACAAUCUUAAUGCUCCUAUCUUCCAGUCCCAGUGCUGGAAUUUUGCGGGUUGA